AUGCCGCCUAAACACUCUGAAAAAAAGGCUCAGCCUUCAGACAAGGAUGCCAUAGAGGAUCAGCCCCAGGCUCAAACUCAAGGCAGUAAUGCGCCUCAAACUGGGUCUCAUCGACCAACCGUCAAGGACAUGCAGACUGAUUCAGUCGCCACCCUGGCAGAGGCAUGGUCUAAGAGCGAAUCUGCAGCCACCGAAUACGAUGCCCAGUUGAUCGAGCGUGUCUACAACGAUGAGCUGGUCAAGAAUGACUACAGCGUCGCGAAGUUGGCUCUUCUGGAAGUCAGUCAAUACCUGGAGAAGUAUCUCUGGCCACAUUACAAUCCCAGUCAGUCUCCAACGAUACACGUCCUUUCGAUCGUUCUUAUGGUCAACGAGAAGUUCAGGAGCAGAGUUGGUGCCUGGAGCGCCUUUGAAGAGUCACCUGAGCACUUCCCAGCAUUCUUUGAGCAAGUUUUGCGACUUUGUUUACAAGAGUCGGACAUGAAGCUGAAGUGCUAUCUCGUCGUUUUCAUGAUCAACUGCUUUCAGAGUCUUGAGAACCCCCUUAUCAGAUCGGAAUGCAUGAGACUUGUGUCUCUUUCAACCUGGCACUCACUGGUUUCGGCAGCAAAGCGGGAAGUAGAGUUCAAGGAAUACCCCCAACUGUUGAAGUUCUGGAAGCAUCUUGAAAAGAAGUUUGAUACCUAUGACAAGGAGCAACAGGCGAAGGCAGUGUUCGAGCGGACAUGGUUAAGCGAGAUGAUGAAGGGAUUUGUUGCGAUUCUUGAAAGCAUUGAGCAGGAUGAAGAAGAAAAAAUUGCAUACUGCGAACGGUUCAUGGAGUUCUUGAUCGACCUUGAAGCUCAGCUUCCAACAAGAAGAUAUUUCAACACAUUGGUCGAGGAUCACCAGAUUGUCGCCAUCUGUAAGCUAUCAAAGUUCGCGAGUAACAAGGAGUCUAGUGUUCUUUUCUCGCAGCUCUUGGACAUCCUCGCCUUUUAUACCGGAUUCGAGAUCAACGGCCAUACUGGACUGGCGCUCACAAAGGAGGAGAUGACGGAGAUUCACGCUGCAAGGUUAUCAAAGCUGCAGCGUAUUGCCUUUGCGGAUUUCAGGGAGGAAUUGAUGGAUCUUGCUAUGAGCAACCUUCGCGCCAUUGAGUCCCGGGAAGCCCUCUUAAAGCACUUUGAGAGCCUGAACCAGGAGCAACUUAUCCAGCUCUGCCAACUCCUCAACAUCAGGACAACAAAUAUCACCGACCCAGAAGCAGACCACUCUCGAAUCAUGCUCUUGGAGGUGCUGCUGCUCCAGUUCGAAAAGCGCCACAGCCAGAUCGAACGUAUCAACGCAUUACCCCUCUACCCAGAUGAAAACGCACUGUUCGAGGAUGCGGCUGUGAAGGAAGAGAUGUAUAAUGCCGAUCGGCCACUCGCUCUGCCCAAACUCAACCUGCAGUUCUUGACUCUUCACGACUACCUUCUCCGCAACUUCAAUCUCUUCCGCCUCGAAAGCAACUACGAGAUUCGUCAGGACAUUGAGGACGCAGUGCGGCGACUAGGACCCAGAGCUGGAGCUAUUGACGGCGCCACCGUUUUUUCAGGAUGGUCUAGAAUGGCUGCUCCCAUUAGUUAUUUCAAGAUGGUUGAGGUAGCAAAACCGAACUUGGGCGAGGACAAGCCAUCGCUGAUCACAGCCGAUGUCACCUUUAACGUCAGGAAAUAUACCGAGGCAAUUCAGGCAGAGUGGGAGGCCAUCCGCGAGCACGAUAUUUUGUUCUUGUUGACAAUAGAGGCACAGGAGGAGUCGUACGAGCACUGGGAUGGCAAGGUUUCGUUCAGGAAACACUACGGCUUGAAGCACGUCCGUGGAUGCCAGGUUGUUAGCGUCAUCGGUCCCAAUGGCAAGCCAUUCGACUAUAAGAAGAGCGAUCCCAAGUUGAUCCAGGAUCACCGCACAGGCAACACUCGCACCUUCAGGAUUGCCUUAGAUUCGAACCAGUACAAGAUCGAUCAGGAGGCUGCCAGGAAGUCUGGAGGAAGCGAUGUAUACCAGACCUUCAACAUUGUUCUCCGCCGCCAACCCCAGGAGAACAACUUCAAGCCUGUUCUCGAGACCAUCCGCGACCUGAUGCAGAGCGAUUUGAUGGUUCCCGAGUGGCUCCACGACGUGUUCUUGGGUUAUGGCAACCCCAACAGUGCACACUACUCCCAGCUGAAGCGCCAAGUCAAGGAGAUCGAUUUCCGCGACACUUUCUUGGACCUGGACCAUCUCAAAGCAUCCUUCCCCGGCAUGAAGAUCAAGGCUAAGGACGGUGACGAGAACUCGUUGACCGCGCCUUUUGUUGUCAUGUUCCCUGAGGCACCCGAGGCAGCAGCCUCUGGAUCCAAGAAGAAGAAGGGCAGCGAGAAGGCAAAGAAGGAGAAGGCAAGCCAGAAUCAGGAACAGGCCCAGGAUGAGCUCAUUGUCAGCACUUACAAGACCCCCAACAUGGGUCCUUAUCCCGAGGAUGUCCCCAACACGAACAAGGUCCGCUUCACACCCACUCAAGUCGAGGCGAUAAAGGCAGGAACAAACCCAGGAUUGACCUUGGUGGUCGGACCUCCUGGAACGGGAAAGACUGAUGUCGCCGUCCAGAUCAUUGCCAACCUCUACAACAACUUCCCCAACCAGCACACUCUCCUCGUCACACACUCGAACCAAGCCCUGAACCAGCUCUUUGAGAAGAUCAUUGCUCUGGAUGUUGACGAGCGCCACUUACUUCGUCUUGGUCACGGAGAGGAGGAACUAAACACGGAACUCAGCUUCAGCAAAUACGGUCGCGUGACAUCAUUCUUGGAGAAGCGCGUCAGCUUGCUCGCGGAGGUGGAUCGCCUGGCGCAGUCUAUGGAGAUUGGAGGAGAACAUGGAUCUACUUGCGAGACCGCUGGCUACUUUUACUCCUACCACGUUGUUCCCAAGUGGAAAGAGUUUGAGAGUAAGGUGACAGCCAACGGAGAGUCGCUGGAGUUGAUCACGACAUCAUUCCCCUUCAGCGGGUUCUUCAUCAACGCCCCCGUACCACUGUUUUCGGACUGUGGGACCGCCGAGGCUGCUCUGGAUGUCGCUCAGGGAUGUUUCCGUCAUCUGAGCAAGCUGUUUGAGCAACUGGAGGAGGUGUCUGCUUUUGAGUUGCUCCGCACAAGCUAUGACCGUGCCAACUACCUGCUCACCAAGGAGGCCAAGAUCAUUGCCAUGACUUGUACCCACGCUGCCCUUAAGCGCCGUGAGCUCGUCAACCUGGGCUUCAAAUACGACAACAUUGUGAUGGAGGAGGCUGCUCAGAUUCUGGAGGUCGAGACUUUCAUCCCUAUGCUGCUCCAGGACCCCGAGGAUGGUGUCAACCGCCUCAAGCGCGUCAUUUUGAUCGGAGACCACAACCAGUUGCCUCCCGUUGUCAAGAACACUGCAUUUCAGCAGUACGGCAACAUGGAGCAGAGUAUGUUUACGAGAUUUGUCCGUUUGGGCGUGCCAGCCAUCGAGCUGGAUGCACAGGGUCGUGCUCGCUCAGAUAUGGCAGACCUUUACAAGUGGCGGUACAAGAGUCUCGGAGACUUACCCAACGUCACCGAGCGCCAAGAGUACAAGUUUGCCAACCCAGGAUUCCUUCACGAUUUCCAGUUCAUCAACGUCAACAAUUACAAGGGACAGGGCGAGACAGCACCCCGACCCCAUUUCAUCCAGAAUUUGGGCGAGGCCGAGUACGUGGUGGCUGUUUACCAGUACAUGCGCCUCUUGGGCUACCCUGCCGAGAAGAUCACCAUCCUGACGACCUAUAACGGUCAGAAAGACUUGAUCCGCGAUGUCCUCAACCAGCGCUGUAGCUGGAACCCUAUCUUUGGGCGCCCUGCCACCGUCGCUACCGUCGAUAAAUACCAGGGUCAACAAAACGACUAUGUGUUACUGUCGUUGGUGAGGACAAAGGCUGUGGGUCACGUCCGUGAUGUGCGUCGUCUGGUUGUGGCGUUGUCUCGUGCUCGUCUUGGAUUGUACAUUUUUGGUCGCCAGAAGUUGUUUGAGAACUGUCACGAGUUGGAGCCUGCUUUCAAGCGACUGCUCAAGCGCCCAACUAAGCUGUGGCUCAAGACUGGCGAGAUGUAUCCCAACACUGUCCGCCUAAUUGAUGCCAAGGCCAAGGCUGACGAAGAGGAGGAGACUGAGAACAGCAAAGCGAGCAAGAAGGGCGCCAAGAAGGACAAGAAGGGCGCCAAGAAGGGCAAGGCAGGAAAGGCUGAUGCUGAGGAAGAAGGAUCGGCAUCGACGAGCAAGGAUUAUGAGAUUCAGGAUAUCGACCAGAUGGGCGAGUAUGUCUUUGGGAUGAUGAAGGAGCAGCAGCAGUAUGCUAUCCAGCAGCAGCAGGCCUAUUUGCAGAGUAUUUCUGCGCCUAUGGAGACAGACGCUGCGCCAGUUGCUGGAACUGAUGUUGAGCAGGCGGAGGGUGCCAUGGAGGUGGAUCAUGAGUAA